AUUAUCAAUUAUUACACCAUUUACCAAGUGGAUCCCGCAGGAAGAUAUUUGAAUCAUCUGCAAUUUUGUUAAGUAUGGAACUAGCAAGGCGUAACAACGGCUUCCGCAAGGUUGCCAAGUGGAUUGCUGGUGCCCUUGUUGUGGCAGGUGCUGCCAGCGGAAAUGUUGAUGCUGAAUCUCACCUUCAUGGUGGUAAAAGCAUUCCAUCCAAUGCACCUGAAGCUGUAGUGUUUGUCAGCUCUCUUGGCAAAGAGUACACUAACAAAGAAAUAGACAAUCUUGUGGAUAGAUCUGGUUUGAAAGGUAGCAAAGGAGUAAUCCGGCACAUGUUAGGCGUCAGGAGGGCUGAAUUAUUACGUGAAAUGAGGAAGUUCAACAGAAUAUUAGAAUCUCUUCCAGAAGACAUUGCUGUGAAAGCAGGCGCUUAUGCAACCUAUGAUAAACUACCAGCUGAUUUAGCUGAAAAAGUGAAAUGGAGCCAUCUGAAUACUACUACCUUUGGCCUUUUGGAAAAGGUCCCUCAAAACCUAGCAAAUGAAAUGUUGGCAUGUGAUAUUUACGAAGGAUUCCCAGCUGAUUUGAUCGAUAAAAUCAAUGAAUUUUUACAUCCGUUCGAUCCCUCUACUGUGAUUAAUGAUAAAGAAGAAGAUGGGAAGAGUGUUGAUGGUACACCGGCCACACCGGGAAGUACUGAAGUUACAGAAGAAGCCGAAGAGAGAGAGGAUGCCAUAAAGGAGAGUGAUGAUAGUGUAAACGAGGGUAAGGAGUCCAAAGAAGAGGAAUAAUUGGUUGGCAAAACUAUGGAGUUAAUAACUAAUACAGGAAAAUAAUGGAGAUAUUGCAAGAUACUAAACAAACUUUAAUCCAAGCCAUGGUACAAAUUUUGGUAAUUAAUUGGAGAGGUCAUGCCUCUUAGUAAUGGUAACAGUAUUGAAUGAUAGUGUGGAUUCCACAGCGCUAGAGACACGGCUCUCAACGAAGGAAUAAAACAAGUGGUUCAUUCCGAUGUACAUAAUGUUGAGCGUAUA